AUGCGUGAGGAGGUUUUAAAGGAGAUCCUGAAAUUAUUAUCAUUGGAAAUCAUUUACUCGGUUCCAGACAGCGAAUGGGUCAGCCCAAUUCACAUGGUCCCCAAGAAGUCAGGGAUCCAAGUGGCGAAAAAUGAUAAAAAUGAACUGGUACUGGUCAUUGGAUGGCGGAUGUGCAUCGACUACCGCAAAUUGAAUGCUGCCACUAGGAAAGAUCACUUUUCCCUCCUCUUCAUAAACCAGAUUUUAGAGCGGCUGGCUGGGAAACAAUAUAUCUGCUUCCUAGAUGGAUACAAUGGGUUCCAGAUCUACGUGGACCUUGAGGACUAG